AUGGAACGCAGAACAUGCGACGACGUUUCGUCUCGAUUAACCUUUAAGAGGACAUCCAAUCCCUGAAUGCCUUUGUUAUCUUCUCAUCAAAGCUUCCUCUUGUAAUUUGUAAACUCGCGAAAGUACCAAAAAAUGACCAAAUUUAUUGAACUCCUCUGUCUCCUCCUCCUCUUCCACAUACCGAGUUCCUCUCAGGAUCCGACCCCGAACACGCUAUCCGCAGUUCACGCCGAGCUCACCAGCUACGGAUUCCCAAUCGGUCUUCUUCCCACCUCCAUUCAAAACUACACCCUUAAUCGGACAUCCGGGGACUUCUCGCUCGACUUCGGCGACUCGUGCAGGGUUACCCUUCCUCCGGACAAUUACUUGGCAACCUACUCUAAGAAGAUAACCGGCAAGAUUGUCCAUUCCCAUAUAGCCGAUCUGGACGGGAUCCGGGUACGGGCGUUAUUCAAGUGGUGGUCCAUAACCGGGAUCCGCUCCAGCGACGAUAACUUGGUGUUUGAGGUCGGGAUGGUUACAGCUAAAUAUCCCUCGAAGAACUUCGACGAGAGUCCAGAGUGUGAGGGCAGACAUUCUGCUUCCUGAGGUUUGAACCGGCUUCUAUUUGCAGCAUGGUCGAAUAAAGUUGUUACCUUAGUCUUUUCCUUUCACUUUUAGGGAGUACUUAGUAGAUGCAAUUGUACAAUAUGUAUGAACAUCCUAUUGUCUGAACUGUGAUGCGAAAUAUAUAUAAGCUGUUGGUUUUCUGCA